AUGAUUCUUGAUUUCCGCACUCCCGAAACAGGUUCGAGAGCACAACGUUGGUGGCGUGAGUGGAGUUUGUGGAAGUAUUAUGUUGAUUAUUUUCCAAUCACGCUGGUGAAAACUGCUGAGCUUCCACCUGACCGUAACUACCUUUUCGGUUGCCAUCCUCAUGGGAUCCUCUCUUUCGGUACAUACGCUUCGUUGUGUACCUCAGCAACGGGCUUCGAGCAAAAGUUUCCAGGUAUCAAAACACAUCUUGCAACCUUAAAUGGGCAGUUCUGGUGGCCUUUUCGACGCGAGCAAGGCCUAAUUUGCGGAGCGGUAGCCUCAAGCCAACGGAGUUUAGAUUAUGUACUUGGUAGAGGUCAGGGGAAUGCAGUUGGUGUUGUAUUAGGAGGUGCAGAAGAAGUGUUGGAUACUCACGCCGACAGUUUCGAUUUGAAUUUGAUGAAGAGGAGGGGUUUUGUCAAAGUGGCAUUGCGUAAUGGUGCAUCUUUAGUGCCAAUUUAUAAUUUUGGUGAGAAUCAAACGUACACUCAGCUGUUCCCCAACAAACGUGGAUCAUUUAAUAGAAGAUUCCAGGUGCUCUUUGUUGCUUUUUAUGGUUCAACAGAGCUAGCUCUUGUCACUUAUAAUGAUUUUAAGCUAGUAAUUCGUGGUGUACAGAACUGUUUUCUCAGUGGACAGUGCAAAAAAGUUAAUUUCAAUUUUUCGUUUCAGUCUGCUGUGCGAAAAAUUUGGGGUUUUUGUCCUCCUGUUAUUUAUGGAAGGGGCAUCUUUAACAGCUAUAUUGGGAUUUUACCAAGGAAAACUCCAAUUAAUACCGUCAUUGGAAGGCCGAUCCCGGUAGAAAGAUGUCUAGAACCAUCAAAGCAGCGUAUUGACGAGUUACACGCACAGUAUUGUCAAGCGCUGAAGGAGCUUUUUGAAGCUCAUAAAGGUGCCUUCGGUAUAGCUGAACAUGUUCAUUUGAAUUUGUAUUAA